UCAGCGAACUUUGAUUUGAAUCGAGUAGAUAGAUCACAGGAAGGGCUAGGGUUUUAGCAGACAAGAAAAAAUGGCUUUAACGAACUUGAUCCUAACAGUAGCAGGAGUAAGCGCAGUGAUAUUACUUAUGAGAAGUGAUGUCAAACAAUCCGCCAACAUCUUCAAGCGCAACGUUCGUCAGAUUCGUCACUGGCUCGAAGAAGAAUCCGCCUCUGCUGCUAAGGAAAUGAAGAACGCAAAACCAAAGGAGCUGCCACCGAAAGAUGUUCCUAAAGAAUAAUGAACCACGGCUGUCACAGAAGAACUGGAAUUUGGUUUAUUUUCUUUUGUUCGUGUAGUAGUAUAUGAUGAUAAGUUUGGCAGUUAUGAUGCUCUUAAAACUUCCUCGUAAUGAAUUGGAAGGGCCAAUGGUUUUCUUUCAGGAGAAGAGUCACUAGUAUGUAUUAAUAUAGCAUUUUAAUAAAUAUCCAUCUCAAAUUAGCAAUGA